AGAGAGAGAGAGAGAGAGAAAGAGAGUCAAUUUAUCUUUGUAGAGGAAGAACCUCUGUUUUAGAGUGACCUGCUCUGGGAGAGGCAUCCACUGGCUCCAGACCAAAUUGGGAGACAGGACCAAGUCACCCUUAUUGAAACUAAGUGAACGGUCGCCCCUCCCUUCCCCACCUCUCUCUGGCCUGGGCAUGUCUCGAAGAAAGCAACGGAAACCCCAACAGUUAAUCUCGGACUGCGACGGUUCCACCGCUUCUGAGAACGGUGACACUGGCGACGAGGACCAGCCCCAAGUCUGUGCCAAGUGUUGUGCCCAGUUCACUGAUCCAACUGAGUUCCUCACUCAUCAGAAUACGUGUUGUACUGAACCCCCAGUAAUGGUCAUCCUCGGGAGCCAAGAGAAUUCUAGGUCAAACUCCUCCUCCUCCUCUUCUGAAGCUCGACCAGAAGGCCAAGACAGCCCUCAGAUUAUGGAUACAGAACACAGCAAUCCACCUGAUCCCGGGCCCUCGGUACCCACAGAUACCAGCUGGGGGCCAGAACGGGGCCGAGAAGAAUCUUCAGACCACUUUCUCAUCACCACCACAGGAGCUACUUCAGCUGGUGGUGGUGGGGGCCUGAUUUUGGCCAGCCCCAAGCUGGGAGCAACCCCUUUAGCUUCCGAGUCUACCCCUGCACCUCCUCCACCACCACCUCCUCCCCCUCCUCCUGGAGCAGGUAGUGGUCAUUUGAACAUCCCCUUGAUACUUGAGGAACUCCGGGUCCUGCAGCAGAGACAGAUCCAUCAAAUGCAGAUGACAGAGCAGAUCUGCCGUCAAGUGCUCCUGCUGGGUUCCUUGGGUCAAUCAGUGGGUGCUACUGCCAGUCCCUCAGAACUACCUGGUACAGGUGCAACUACAUCUUCCAAGACCCUGCUACCCCUCUUCAGUCCCAUCAAGCCUGGCCAAGCAAGUAAAACACUUACACCAUCUUCUUCCUCUUCCUCCUCUUCCACCUCUGGGACAGAAGUACCUAAGCCAGCCUUCUUCCACCUUUAUCACCCACUGGGGACACAGCACCCCUUUUCUAGCAGCACGGUGGGGCGAAGCCACAAAACCACCCCUACUCCAAACCCUUCCCCAGCACUGCCAGGCACCACCGACCAAUUGAUCACCUCUCCCCACCUGGCAUUCCCUGGUACCACAGGAUUGCUGGCAGCGCAGUGCUUGGGGGCAGCCCGGGGCUUGGAAGCAGCAUCUUCCCCAGGUCUUCUGAAACCGAAGAAUGGGAGUGGUGAGCUGGGCUAUGGAGAAGUGAUGGGCCCUUUAGAGAAGCCUGGUGGGCGACACAAGUGCCGCUUCUGUGCCAAGGUAUUUGGUAGUGACAGUGCCCUACAGAUCCACCUUCGCUCUCACACGGGUGAGAGACCUUACAAAUGCAACGUCUGUGGCAACCGCUUCACCACCAGAGGCAAUCUAAAGGUCCAUUUCCACCGCCACCGAGAAAAGUACCCUCAUGUACAAAUGAACCCACACCCAGUACCAGAACACCUGGACUACGUCAUUACAGGUAGUGGUCUCCCCUAUGGUAUGUCCGUGCCUCCAGAGAAGGCUGAGGAGGAAGCUACUUCAGGGGGUGCUGAACGUAAGCCACUGUCAGCUUCAGCCACAGCACUCACUGCCACGGAGAGCCUAACCCUGCUCUCCACCUCUGCAGGCACGGCCACAGCUCCAGGGCUCCCAGCCUUUAACAAGUUUGUGCUCAUGAAGGCAGUGGAACCAAAAAACAAAGCAGAUGAGAACACCCCACCUGGAAGUGAAGGCUCAGCUGUUGCUGGAGGAGCAGAAACUGGUACGGCAACUAGGAUGCAACUGAGUAAACUAGUAACAUCUUUACCUAGCUGGGCCCUGCUGACCAACCAUUUCAAGAGCACUGGUGGCUUCCCUUUCCCAUAUGUGCUAGAACCCUUGGGGGCUUCCCCUUCAGAGACCUCCAAGUUGCAGCAAUUGGUGGAAAAGAUUGAUGGCCAGGGAGCUGUCGGGGCCGUCUCGACUGCCUCAGGGGCCUCUACCACCUCUGCCCCUGCAGUGUCUUCUUCAUCCUCCUCAGGCCCCAACCAGUGUGUUAUCUGCCUUCGAGUGCUGAGUUGUCCCCGAGCCUUACGACUCCAUUAUGGGCAGCACGGCGGGGAGAGACCCUUCAAAUGCAAAGUGUGUGGUAGGGCCUUCUCUACUCGGGGCAAUCUUCGGGCCCACUUUGUAGGUCAUAAAGCUAGUCCAGCUGCCCGGGCCCAAAACUCUUGCCCCAUUUGCCAGAAGAAGUUCACUAAUGCUGUCACUCUGCAGCAGCAUGUCCGUAUGCACCUGGGUGGGCAGAUCCCCAAUGGGGGCACCAUGCUGCCUGAAGGUGGGGUAGCUACAAAGGAAAGCGGAGCCGAACAGCCUUCGCCACAAGUGGCAGGAGUCUUCUCACAGCAGCAGCAGCAGCAGCCACCGCCACCACAGCAGCAGGGAUCCCCAGAGGAGGAACUGUCUGAAGAAGAGGAGGAGGAGGAAGAAGAAGAGGAGGAAGAUAUAACAGAUGAGGAUUCCUUGGCAGGGAGGGGCUCAGAGAGUGGUGGUGAGAAGGCUGUUUCCAUGAGGGGGGAUUCAGAAGAAGCAUCUGGUCCAGAGGAUGAGGCAGCAAUCUCAACAGCAGCAGCAUCUGGAAAGGAGAUGGACAGUGGUGAGAAUCUGGCCCAACAACCUUCCCUGCCUUUAGUUGGCAACCUGGAGGAACCUCAGCCCACAGAGCAUGGAAGCAGUGAACCUACAGGAGGCAUUGAGGGGGAUGGACAAGCAGAGGGGAAUAGCAGCCCAACUUCAUUGCUCUCUCCAGAAGGAGAAGUAGUCAGUGCUGUCAUAGCAGAGGGACAAGGCAUGCAGGAGGCCAGAAGGAAAGAGCAUGGGGAGAGCAUGAGCAGCAGCAGUAAGAGGUCCUGUGGUGUAUGUGGCCAGUCCUGUCCCAGCCAGGCAGCCCUGGAGGAGCAUCACAAGGCCCACAGCAAGGAAGGCUCACUCUUCACCUGCAGCAUCUGCAAGCAGGGCUUCCCUGAGCGGGCCACCCUCAAGAAGCACAUGCUGCUGGCACACCAUCAGGUGCACCUGAGCACCCACGUUUGGAAUUGCAGCCCAGCCCAAAGGGGCCGGCAUCUGUCCCUGGAGGGCCCCAUGCCCCUCCUCUCUGGUGGCCGGGUCAAGCUACAGGACUUCCUGCCCCAGGACGUCCCUGCCCAGUUGGUGGGGGUGGGCCCCCUAUCUUUCUGGAACCAGUACACAGCUUUCCUGUCAAGUGGCCUGGCCUCUAAACCCCCGGGUUCCAGCUCCACCUCUGCCACCACUGCUGCCCUGGCAACACCUGCCCUGUUUGGUCCAGGAACUGUGUCUGGGAAGUCAUCUCCAGCAGUAGGAUCCAGCGAGGCCAAGAAGACCACCCCCCUCAUAUUCCAGCCUCCUGCAUCCAAAACUGUACCUCAGAACCCAGGCAGAGAAGAGAAGUAACAAACUGCAGUGCCCCUCAACCCUAUUCCAGAAGGUGCCAGCAGUUUGCAGUGGUUCGUGGCUUAGCACGGUGGGAUGAGAAGACAUGAAGGGCAUGCUAACCCACAGGUCUCGAGAGCCACAUUUCAGCAAAGCAGCCUGGUGGGUAUGGCAGGACAUAUCAGCCUGCCUUCUCCUGACUGUGGCCUCACAGAGGCAUUGGAGAAUGGCAAGCUUCUCAUCUUGAAGCUUUCCCAAUGUAGGGUUUGGGGGUGCAAAUUUGACUCAUUUCUGGAAGGAGCAGUUUAGUUGAGGGUUUAGGGUGGGUGGUUCAUAUACAGGGACAUGAGGGUAAUAAGAAGAACAUUGGACCUGAUAUGAACUCUUGUCAUUCUGGAUUUGGGAUACGUAUCUGAAGGAGGGAGUCUCAAUCCAGAUUGCAUGGCUCUAGAGAAUGUUUGACUAUAGUAAUGACACAAGGUGCAACAGUGCACAGAGGGCAGUGUAACAAGUCCCCUUAAACUGGUAUGUUUCCAGUUUAUUAGAUUUCUCCCCUUCCCCUGGAUCCCACUUUUCUCCUAAUACCCUUCUUCUCUCUAAACUCUUCCUCUUCCCCAUGGACCAUGGACCAGGGCUUGUGUCUUCAUCACUAUCUGGCUGUCUCAGAGACCCAGACUUUGGAGACCAGCUCCUGGAGAUGUAUGCCCUUCUCCUUCCUCCUGUAACAGACGAGAUGUAGUAUUUACUCUUAACAUAGGAUCAUGUGGAAACGACCUCCAGAAGAAGAGUAGUUAUCAGGAGUCCUGCCAUCGAGGGAUGUGAAUGGCAGCUUCUUCUUUAAAACUGUAGGCCCCAGAGAUUCCUAACAUAGUGAAAUAUGCAGGGCAGACAGGGGAGAUAUUAGUGUCUUUCUCUCUAUCAUUAAAGGUGUUUUGACCUGCAUUUGUGUUGUUUGCUCCUUAUAAUUCAGAUUGUUUAGCACAAGCAGUCUAUGUGCCCUACCACUCACUGAACUUUCCCUCUCCCCUUCUGGUCUACAGUUCUUUGCCUGAAUUGAGCAUGUGGUAUUAAUGUUGCAUAUGUCCAAUCUUAAAACUAUUAUAACUUCUAGAAUAGGAAUGUUCCCUCUCUCUAUCUUAGCCUUAAAAGGUAGGAAAUUUUCAUUCCCUGUUCUUUCCCAUCUCAGGUGUUUUCUUUGCCAUUAUACAAAUCUAGGACCUUCUGACAUUCUGUAUGGAAAGGGGGCUAUCUUAUUACAGUUAUCUGAUUUAUCCCCAAACCUCUAGUUGUUAUUAGGUCAGCUAAAGGAGUCAAGAAGGUGAACUUGAUUCUCUUAUUUCUUGAAAUAAAGAGAUAGAAAUAAAGAAACCAAAAAAACCUAUGAAAUUAUGUGAAAUAAAUUAAUGAUUUAUAAAUAAGUGGCUUUACUCCUACUGCUUCCUCACAAAAUAAUGGGGUAUCUCCAAGGCUAUUGAGUGGGGUAGAGGGCAGAGGCACCUCAUGGCCAGGAUGAAGUAGAUAUUUUCUACCCCAGUCUCAGGGUAAAGUCCAAAUUCUGAUUUGGAGGAAUUAUUGAAACAUUUUUUGACUUCAUUGCCUUGCUUCACCAGAGAGAAUCUCCAGGUCUCUAAGUGGGCAUUUGAAGUAUACUUCAGAUUUAAGUAGGAGCUCCUGUUGUGAGGCCAGCUCCAAGACAAAGGGGAAGGAGGUGAGUAAAUCUAUUCUUUGCUUAAGCUCAGGCCUAAGCAAUGAAUAGGUAUUGGAUUCCAGUUGGCCUCACCGGAGCUGUAUUAUUUCCUUUUAAAAAUACAACUGGUGAAUGGAAAAGACCAGGAGUCCCAUGAGGUCCAGAAUAAGGAAAUGGCUCCUGUCUCUUUAAUUCCUGGCAAAGCUUUGUAUGUCUCUUGUUCCUUUCCUCUUUCAUUCUCUCUAAGGAAGGAGGUGGGUCAACAGCCCCUUCCAUUCUCUCUGCUUUCCCCAUUCCCAUUGGUUACAGAUAAUGUUAUUUAACUAAUUAAACCUGACUUGCCCUCUGUUGAGGUGCCAGCUCUCAUGGCAACAGCUGUCUGUGAGGCUUCUAUUGAUGGACACUUCCUUACUUCAGGUCAGUUUUAAUCCCAGCAAAGCUCUCUUUCUGCUUCCCCACCCCCUCUCCCACUGUUCUAUUUUACUUUUCUCCUCUGUUAGCUUCUUCAUUCUUCAAGCCAUUUUUCCCUUCACUCAUUCUCUUCUUCCUUUCUAUUCUAUCUUCCCACCCUCUACUGUUAUUUCAGCCCAGUCCUUUUCUAUAUCUUCAGCUUUACCUUAUUCCUUCUCUCCAUGAGUUAUUUUCCUCACUUCCCCCUUCCAACUCCUUUCUCACAGUUUUUUUGUUUUUUUUUUAAUCUAGUCAGCCCUUUGGAAAGUGUGUGUUCCCUAAUUUAGUGACCUGGGUGAGUGAAUGACUGAAACUUAUAAAGCUUAUAUUGUUUCUUAUCUAUCCAGAGAAUCUUUUUUAAAAAAUCAAAUAAUCAGAAUUAAAAAUCAAAGUAAUGAUAGAGCAUAUAAUGAAGAAACAGGGUUGUGUCUUUCAGAUGGAUAUGUUUAAAAAGAAAAAUAAAGACAUAUACUGUACUUGAUAUUGGCACAGUUGUAAAGAAUUCUAUAUGCUACAGAAUGGCAAAAAUAAGAUAGAGAAUAGCUUCUGAGAAAAAUGGAAAGAGCAGAAAACAAUAAGACAUUUCUAACCCCUUAUUAGGGCACACCUACCCUGGUUCCUGUUGCUCCAGAAAGAUAUAUAUAUUAAUUCAGAAAUGUGUUUCCAUGGAUUGAACUUCCCCUUUAUAUCCUACGCACUCUAGCAUUCCCAUCUUCAGGAAACAGCACAAAGCAAUGAAAGAGUACUGAAUUUGGCAUUGGGGAACCUGAAUUUUAUGCCACUCCCUACCCAUGUGAUUUUCUUCUGUUUCUCAUAUGUACAACAAGGGUAUUGGACUAGAUGGCCUUUACCAACUCUUCAAAUUCUAAAUCUUUGCUCCUAUGAUGAGCAUCUGCUCCAGAUAAAAUUGCCUCUUAAAGAUUCCUCUUUCACCUAAAACUACUAAAUCUUUGAAGAAAGAUAAAUCCCUAGUAUUAUAUUUUCUCUUUUGAUGAAUCUAUUACUGAGAUUUCUUCCACCAUCCACAAAAAUUCCCUCCCUUAGAACAUAUUAGCUCUCAUUGCCUUCUAGCCUUUGAAUCAAUCAAUAAACAUUUAUUUAGCUCCUA